GAGCCUUCCCUGCAAAGAGCCUGAGCCUGCUCCUCCUGCACAAUGCUGACUCAAGCUGAGAAGGCCAUUGUGGCUGCCAUCUGGGCAAAGAUGGCUACCCAAAUUGAUGCCCUUGGGGCGGAAUCACUGGAGAGGCUUUUCUCCAGCUACCCCCAGACGAAAACCUACUUCCCUCACUUUGACCUCAGCCAAGGCUCAGCUCAGCUUCGUGGUCACGGCUCCAAGGUCCUGAGUGCCAUUGGGGAAGCUGUGAAGAACAUUGAUGAUAUUAGAGGUGCUUUGGCCAAACUCAGUGAGCUGCAUGCUUACAUCCUCAGGGUGGACCCUGUGAACUUCAAGCUGCUUUCCCACUGUAUCCUGUGCUCUGUGGCUGCCCGCUACCCCAAUGACUUCACCCCAGAAGCCCAUGCUGCAUGGGAUAAGUUCCUGUCCAGUGUUUCAUCUGUUCUGACUGAGAAGUACAGAUAAAUGAUCUCUACAGAGGGUGAGGGAUGCACAACCAUGGUGCCUGCCAGCUGCCAGGCUCUGGAGUAUUCCCUGCUUCCUAUGCAGUCCUCUCAAAUCCCCUCUGCAGGGGCUUGGUCAUCUGCAAAACCUAAUAAAUAACUCAAAUGUGA